GAUUUCGAUAACUGUUUCUGAUUCCGUAUAAAUCCAAUAUUUGAAAAAGGGGAGCCACAUGAACCACCACUGAUCAGUAAAGUACAACAAAGAAAGGCGAUCAUUUCAUAUUAAAAAAAUGAACAGAUUUUACCAAGUUAAAUUGGACGGUGCCACAUGGAACCUCAGAGAUAGAUAUCAGAAACUUCAAUUUAUAGGAUCCGGAUCAUAUGGCCAAGUUGCGAAGGCUUCUGUGGGACAAAGCAAUUCUCAAGUGGCCAUUAAAAAGAUAUCCCAAGCAUUCGAUUCCAAAGACUACGCGAAGUUAGCGUUUCGCGAACUUUCCGUGUUAAUGCACGUGAGUCAUCCGAAUUUGAUAAGCCUAUUGGAUGUAUUCCUUUCUCCCAACAAGACCGAUAUUUAUCUGGUGACCCAUUUAAUGGAGGCUGAUCUGCAUAAAGUCAUACACACACAAAAUCUCACAGAGGAACAUAUUCAGUCAUUCUUGAGCCAGAUAGUCAAUGGACUGGCUUACCUUCACGCCCGUGGCAUAGUUCAUCGAGAUCUGAAACCAUCCAAUAUUGCCAUCAAUGGAAAUUGUGACUUGAGAAUUCUGGAUUUUGGCUUGGCACGAGCCGCAAGCUCAGAAAUGACUGGCUAUGUGGUAACACGUUGGUACCGUGCUCCAGAAGUAAUAUUCUCAUGGCGCGAAUACGAUCAAGCAGUAGAUGUAUGGUCAGUGGGAUGCAUCCUAGCGGAAUUGAUUACCAGCCAAGUUCUAUUUCGGGGCAAAAAUACAUUCAAUCAAUUGACGGUAAUUUUCAAUCUGGUGGGCACUCCAUCAGCUGCUCUAAUAAACAAAAUAUCAAAUAGCAUCACAAGUACAUGUCUAUCAGAAGAACCUCAUCGUGAUGGACAAGACUUCAACGUUGUGUUUAGAAAUGCUAGCCCAUUGGCGAUUGAUUUGCUGAAGAGGAUGCUGCAGCUUGAUCCCGAGGAGCGUAUUAGUUCCUUAGAGGCAUUAAAGCAUCCUUAUCUUAAGGACUAUUCCACACCCACGGAGGAGGACUUUCAUCCGAUUUAUGAUCAAAGUUUCGAAACUUCAAACCUCUCCUUAGAGGACUGGAGAAGAAUCAUUAUAGAAAAGAUCGACCAAUUUCCACCUCUUAAUAUUGAAUCAAAUAUUAAGGGAAAAUAAGUUUUAAUCUUUUAAAUUAUCCUUUAUGUCCAGACCGCCAACACUUUUAUUUAAAAACUGCAUUUUGUUUUUAAAUAAUGAAUUAAUGAACUUUUAAGAUCAUUGUUUUGAUAUCUAAAGAAACA